UACCAACACAAGACGUGCAAGGAGGGGAGGGGACAGAGAACAAAUACAAGCUGUCCAUAUUAUUUAUUACCAAGAGAAGUAUGAGCAUUCCAAACACUCAUUAUAAGUCCUCUCUUUCUUUUCCCAAACCAAUUCCCAGUAACCUCAAAAACAGAAGGCCAACCUGUUGCUUGAAACAACCCAGCAAUCAUUUGCAUUGUUAAAUAAAACCAAAACCCGUGAACGUUCGGGAAGAAAUAUUAAUACAUGUAUUGUUUGCGACUCUUGCGGAAGAAGAAAUUAAACUAUUUAUCAACUUCGUGCUUUUUUACAGCAACAAAACACCAAAGCCACCAUGAUUCUUUUUAUUCCAAUCAUCACGACCAUAACAAUGUCAUUGCUUCCAACAAGGUCAUCGCCAAUUAUGUUCGAUCCGGUGACGUGGAUUCUGCUCUCCGUGUGUUUGAGAAAAUGACAGUUAAAUCCACUAUUACCUGGAACUCUAUGCUCGCUGCAUUUGCAAAGAAACAUGGAAAUUUUGAACAUGCUCGCCAACUGUUUGAUAAAAUUCCUGAACCAAAUGCUGUUUCAUAUAACAUCAUGUUGGCGUGUCAUUGGCAUCAUUUUGGCAUCCAUAAUGCCCGUGGUUUCUUUGACCGUAUGCCUGUUAAGGAUAUAGCGUCGUGGAACACUAUGAUUUCGGGUUAUGCUCAAGUUGGGAUGAUGGAUGAGGCGCGAAGGUUGUUUGUGGAAAUGCCGGAGAAAAAUUGUGUCACAUGGAGUGCGAUGGUGUCUGGAUAUGUGGCUUGUGGGAAUUUAGAUGCUGCCGUGGAGUGUUUUUAUGCUGCUCCUAUGAGAAGUGUGAUUACAUGGACUGCCAUGAUCACUGGAUACAUGAAGUUCGCAAGGGUUGAAUCGGCGGAAAGAUUGUUUCGGGAAAUGUGUUUGAAGACUUUGGUAACGUGGAAUGCUAUGAUUGCUGGGUAUGUUGAUAAUGGUAGAGCAGAGGACGGGUUAAAGCUUUUCAAGAUAAUGUUGGAAAUUGGGAUUAAGCCUAAUGCUUUGAGCUUGACUAGUGUGCUGUUGGGUUGUAGUGAUUUAUCAGCUUUGCAGUUGGGUAAACAAAUUCAUCAAUUAAUUUAUAAAUGUCCAUUGAGUAGAGAUACAACUGCAGUAACUUCGUUGAUUAGCAUGUAUUCUAAGUGCGGGGAUCUUAAGGAUGCGUGGAAAUUAUUUGUUCAGAUUCCACGGAAAGAUAUUGUAACCUGGAAUGCAAUGAUUUCUGGCUAUGCUCAACAUGGAGCUGGUGAAAAGGCUCUUCAUUUGUUUGAUGAGAUGAAAAAUGAAGACAUGAAGCCAGAUUGGAUUACUUUUGUUGCAGUUUUAUUAGCUUGUAACCAUGCAGGACUUGUAGAUCUUGGGGUUAAAUACUUUAACUCAAUGGUAAAGGAUUUUGCUAUUAAAACUAGGCCAGAGCACUAUGCAUGCAUGGUUGAUCUUCUUGGUCGAGCUGGUAGGUUAUCUGAGGCUGUAGAUAUGAUCAAAAGUAUGCCUUUUAAGCCUCAUCCGGCUAUAUUUGGGACACUUCUGGGUGCUUGUAGGAUCCAUAAAAACUUGCAGUUGGCUGAGUUUGCUGCCAAGAAUCUGCUUGAGCUUGAUCCAACUAGUGCUACUGGUUAUGUUCAAUUGGCUAAUGUUUAUGCAGCACAAAGCAAAUGGGAACAUGUUGCUAGAAUCCGAAGAUCAAUGAAAGAAAAUAACGUUGUGAAGUCCCCUGGAUAUAGUUGGAUUGAAAUCAACAAUGUUGUGCAUGAGUUUAGGUCAAGUGACAGAUUACAUCCCGAAUUGACUUCUAUACAUGAAAAACUAAAUAAAUUGGAGAAGAAAAUGAAGUUGGCAGGCUAUGUUCCAGAUCUUGAAUUUGCAUUGCAUGAUGUGGGAGAGGAGUUGAAAGAACAGCUUCUUUUAUGGCAUAGUGAGAAACUGGCAAUUGCUUUUGGACUUUUGAAGGUACCAUUAGGUGUUCCAAUUCGGGUGUUUAAAAAUUUGAGGGUUUGUGGAGAUUGCCACUCUGCAAUCAAGUACAUCUCAGCUAUAGAAGAAAGAGAAAUAAUUGUUAGGGAUACCACAAGGUUUCAUCAUUUCAAGGAUGGGUUAUGCUCCUGUAGCGAUUAUUGGUAAGCGUGACGGUCUGCAGCCACUACAAUGGUAUUGAAUUUUAAGAGUAUGCGUUAUUGCAAGAUAAAUGAUGUCAUGCUCUUCACCUUGAAGUCGAUUUGGUAUCAGUUAUUCAUAACAAGAACACCACAAGCUUCAUUGCUCCAGCAUCACGUUAAAUUUCCUGUUGUGUUAAUUGGCUGUGAUGCUGAAAUUAACUCUUAAAGUAGUUAGCUGCCUUUUGGAGAGUUUGAGGUUCGCCUGGACAGACCAUGAGCAAGAGAACGCAAUUGAUUGCUGCUCGUUGGCACUCCGUGAAAAAAUGCAUGCCCGUAUGCAGCAUCAAGAAAAGAAAAACGAUUAAUUUAUCCUCCAAAAUCAACAGGCUACAUGGGUUGUGGUGGAUUUCAACAAAGGCCACCUGAAAAACGACUCAGAGGACAGUUGCGGAUCUAAAUCAUGGAGUUGGGACUUUGGAGCAUCAAUUGCUUACCGUAUGUUUUUCAGUCACUUGUGCAAGUUGAAUUGGGGAUUCAAUAUUAACCGGGAAUUUUAUUUAAAUAAAUUAUUUAAUUUUUUGAAACUUAUAUUUCUAUAUAAGACUAUUCAUAGAUUGCUACCAGUACCAACACACCA